ACUCAGUAUGGUUUAAAAACGUCAAAUUAUUAUAUAAUACAAAACAAAAAGAAAUAUUUGUAUUUAUUCAUAAUGAAUGCAAAUUAAGAGUGUUGUACUUACCACAUACAAACAACAUGACUUCAUUCAUGGUAGCUUUUUGGGAAUUAAUUAUCAAUACUUUCCAAUAAUGACAGGUAAUUUUGAGAGCCUAUAUAAUGGAGCAAAUAUUCAUGAUUGAAGUUUUUGUCAAAAAGAUAAUUUUGAAAAUCGAACCGCCUCAGAAAGAUGAGUAUGAACUUCGGAUGGAAGCAGAAGAAAGAAAAAGAGAAGCUGAGGCGUUAGCUGCAGCAGAAGCGGCAAAAAAAGGCAAGAAGGGAAAACCACCUAAACCAAAGAAACCCAAGAAAGGGAAAAAAGGCAAGGAACCACCAAUGCCAUCGGAAGAAGAAAUGAAAUUUAUGCAAACUUGUACAAUGCAAAUGAAUUGUUUACCACUGUUUGAUUUUUAUGUUGCUCAUGACAAUUUCAUACCACCACCUCCACCGCCACCUCCUCCUAAAAAAGGUAAAGGUAAACCUCCAAAACCGAAAAAGGGUAAGAAAGGAAAAGCCCAACCAAUAAAAAUUGUACUUCCCUCAGAACCUUUGCCACAGCCUCCAUAUUUCGGAGUUGGUAAUUCCGUAAUGUUUCUUUCGAGACCUUCGAAAUUAGAGGAGGUAUUAAGAAAAACACCAAUUUAUAUCACAGUUUGGAAUAGGGACUCAGAAAUGAACUGUAUAGGUUUUUGUGUUGUUGAGUGGCACGAGUCGUUCUUUGAUUGUCUUCAGAAAGCUGGUGAUUUGAAUCCUGUUAAUAUGGAUCAAGCAGAAUAUAGAGAAACAAAGAAACCUGAAAUGGUUACAAACACAGUAGAAUUAACUCGACCAUUACAGUGCGAGGAAGAUUUGAAAGCAUCUGGAGAAAUAGAAUUUUACAUUAGACUGUCAUGUUUGGGCAAUAGAGUUAUUAGCUAUUUUGUUGCUUUACCUGAAAUGGAACGUUUGCCUGGUAGAAAAUAUUUGACAGAUGAUUUGAAAUUAAAAGAUGUUGAAGUGGUAAGACAUUGGGAUGGUACUACAAUAGAGGCUGUACCACCUGUGGCUUACUUUUUCGGCGCUCCAGAUAUAAUUAGAGAACCUAUAAGACCUGAAGAAGAACCUGUUAUGUAUGAAGAGUAUGAAGCGCCAUUUACUAGAAGUGAGCUAACCAUACUCGCAAUGGGCUUUCCAAAAGGACCUUGUGGAGGGACAAAUUGCCCAAAACGAAUGGAUUUUAGAGGUAGUCAGCAUCAGUUUAUUCACGGUGAAACUAUUAAAGGCAAGUAUCAACAUGGACAAUUUGUUAAUAAAAGAGAUGUUCAUGGACCAUGCGGUAGACUGGAUUGUCCUUUGGCAAAAAAAGUUCGCAGUUACCUCUGCAAUGAGGGUAGUUACAAACCUUGCAGAAAACCUUGUUCUAAAGAUUAUUACUAAAUAAAAAGUACUGAUAAUUAAUUCAAUAGAAUAUUCUUUGUAAUCUAAUUAAUUAGCUCCUAAUCAAAUUGCAUGAAACGUGAAAUCCAUAAACCACCUUAUUCGCUUUUUAAUAUUCAAUUAAGAAAUUAUAAGGGUUAACUACGGACGAGCAUCUUUUAUUGAAGUUAAAAGCAUUAUAAACUACAAUUAAACGUUUAAUUCUUUAAUAGACUCGUAUAUAUGACUCAUAAAUAUAUCUGGACGUCAGUGCGGUGGACAUUGUAGAGGCUAUUCCAUGCAAUUAUACGCAAUGAACGGUAAUUAUCAGUUUUAAAAAUUCGCAAAGACGUUACGUGUGGUAUUUUUUAUUAUUCUAAUUAUUAGUACAAAUGAAAUCUGUUUUGAAGAAUUUUAUUUUUAAAUAUGCAAGAAACCCUUAAUUGUAGUUUAUUUCGAAUCCAUUGCAUUCGAAUUGGAUAUAACAAGGACUGAACCUGUUGAAUUAAUUACGCCUAUUAAGCUAAUAUACAUUCAAGAUGAAAUUUAAAACAUUAUUUUGUUACAAUUCAAAUUGAAGACAAAAUGGCUGCUCUACAGUUCUUUCGAUAUAAGCCCUAAUGAUAUUUGUAUAA